GAGAUGGAGGCUGAAGAUGGCUACAUGGUGCUGAUGGGCAAGACUCAUGUCAAAUCCCAGCAGAGAUCUAAAGAUUUCGCCUUAUAUCCAUUUUAUUACUGCAUUUUGCUAGUAGUUGGAUGCAUUGGGAUCCUCACUUUUGUGAUGACAGUGAUUGGCCUGAACUUUUCAAAUAAAAAAAUGGAUUUCUCAAAGAACAUAAAUAUCAACAGUCUAGCAGGAGAUAAUUAUAUGUGCCAAAAUGACUGGCUGUUGAACCAAAGGAAGUGUUACAAAUUUUUAACUUCUUCUAGAACUUGGAAUGAGAGUCAACGUGAUUGCAUGAAGCUCCAGGCACAUUUGCCAGUGAUUCACACUUUGAGAGAGCUGGAGUUCAUACAGAAGAGUUUAAAACCUGGACAGCCUAGUUGGAUUGGACUAUACAUUGUGCCCCCAGGAAAGCAAUGGAUAUGGAUAAAUGAACACCCUUUUGUGAAACAAAAAGACUUUUCAAUUAUUGGACCAACUGAUAGCAUGAGCUGUGCUGUCACAACAAGAAACCAAGUGAAUUCUGAAGACUGUGACUCCAAAUUUUAUGGCAUUUGCCAGAGAGACAUUGUCUGA